AUGGCAUUGUGUUCUCUGUCCUUCACAGGCUCCAAAAGAGCUUAUGGAUAUCCACUGUUGGCACCUGGUCCUAAUCUGGUCGCUCCUGCAACCAAACGUGCUUGUUUGUCGAAAAUGAAUAUUCUGUCUGCUGAUUCAGGAAGAUUUACGGGAUGCUUUAAUCUUCCAUCGUCUUCUGAAUCAGACAUCGAUUCUGACGAUCAACAGUCCUGUUAUAUUGCUGAACAAAUCAGAGCCAAGAGAAGAGCUUCUAGUCGUGUCUCUUUCUGUUUGGACAACAGAAUGUCUAAGGCGUUGUCUCAGUACAGUGACGAUGAAGAUGCUGGCGAUAACUCGUUGAGGCCUGUCAUCUCGCGUGGCUCCUCUGUUGUCAGACCAGAAGACGAAGACUUGGAUUGCAAGUUCAGUAUGUGCUCGCCUUCCUCUUCUUCUAACCUUCGUGCGUAUGGCCACGAUGCCACACUUCGCAAUUCACACUCUGGUAGUUUCUUACAGAUCUCUGACAGUUGUUCAUCAACUGGCAGUCUCAAAAGAUCCAUGCCAGUUUGUGAUAAGCAAGCCCGCUCCAGAUGUUUCGACUAUCUCAUUGGUGCAAUUGAUGAAGCAUGGGCUAGCUACUGCAAUGCUGCUUCGUAUGUUGAGGACGAAACGUAUGGUUACAACACACCUGCCUCUGUGGUUACAGACGACGAGGACUACUGUGGAAACAGUACCGACUUGACUGACUACGAGAGCGAAUACGAAAAAGUGGCCGCUGUUCCAGCUGUAAAACAUCAGCUGCAGCAACAGCGCGCCAUGUUUAGAAAGCCAUCCAUCAUGGGUGGCAUGAGCCCAAGUGCAGACAUGUCUCGCACAGGCCAAGACCCUUCGUCUUGUAGAUUACAAGCCUUGAAGGAAAGAUUGAUUAAGGCCAAGUACUUCUUGCAAGACUUGGUUGACUCUGAUGACUACAACGAUGCUUUCGACUUCUGGAAGAGAUGGGACAUGAUCAAGUAUGCUACCAUCGAGCUUGUUGAAGACGACGACGACGAUGUAGUCAUGGAGUCCAUGAUUGAUGAGUUGGAGCAUGGAAGACACUUCUCCAAUUGA